GACACAGAUCGAAAGACCGAAAGAAAGAGAAGAAGAGGAGCAAAAAGGACGAAGAGCGUGAAAUGAAAUUCUAGGACAGGUUUUAAACUAGGAACGCCUGUUAGGAAUGACACCUCACCAGCAAGGUUGAUGUAACUCUUACACUGAGUAUUCUGGAUUACUUUUUGGAAACUGCUUUUAAUAUCCUAACUUGCUGCAGUUUUUUUUUUUGGUUGGUUUUGGAAGGAGUUUUUUUUUUUUUUUUUUUUUUUUUCCUGGAUCCGCGGUAUAAAAUGAGUGACAGACGAAGAUCUGCCGCAGCUCUGAGUACCAGAGCUCAUGCUUUUUCAGUAGAAGCAUUGAUUGGGACAAAUAAGAAGAGAAAACUGAGAGACUGGGAGGAAAAGGAGUUGGAUCUUUCCAUGGAAAAUCUCAGCCCCAAUGGGCAGCUUGAGGAAGGGGACGACCCGGGUCAGUGCUUGGAUAUCAACCCGGAGCCUAGCCCUAGUUCUGACACCGAGGGUCUUGCUGAAAGGACGUCAUGCUCGUUUAGCUCCCACUCAGAUCUGGCUCCCAACCCCUCGGAUUCCUCUCCCCCCUCCUCCAUGGAUGACAUCCAGGUGGAGCUGCAGUGUUCUGACCUCUGGAAGAGAUUCCAUGAGAUUGGCACAGAAAUGAUCAUAACUAAAGCUGGCAGGCGUAUGUUUCCAGCAAUGAGAGUCAAAAUCCUGGGCCUCGAUCCCCAUCAGCAAUACUAUAUUUCCAUGGAUAUAGUUCCAGUGGACAACAAGAGAUACAGGUAUGUGUAUCACAGCUCGAAGUGGAUGGUUGCAGGCAACGCAGACUCCCCGGUCCCUCCUCGGGUUUACAUCCAUCCUGACUCACUGGCCUCAGGAGAUACUUGGAUGAGACAGGUGGUCAGCUUCGACAAACUCAAGCUGACCAACAAUGAGCUGGAUGAUCAAGGACAUAUAAUUCUUCACUCCAUGCACAAGUACCAGCCGCGGGUUCAUGUCAUUCGAAAAGAUUUUAGCAGCGACCUCUCGCCAACUAAACCUGUCCCUGCAGGAGAAGGAGUGAAAACAUUCAGUUUUCCAGAGACCGUGUUCACCACUGUGACCGCUUACCAGAACCAACAGAUCACCAGGUUAAAAAUUGAUAGAAACCCUUUUGCUAAAGGAUUCAGGGACUCAGGAAGAAACAGAACUGGCCUGGAGGCCAUCAUGGAGACGUAUGCUUUUUGGAGACCCCCAGUUCGGACCCUCACCUUUGAGGAUUUUACCACCAUGCAGAAACAACAAGGGGGAAGCACAGGAACAUCUCCAACAACAUCCAGCACUGGUACUCCGUCUCCAAAUGCCUCUUCCCAUCUCCUUUCUCCUUCCUGUUCUCCUCCCACCUUUCACUUGGCACCCAACACCUUUAAUGUGGGCUGCAGGGAGAGCCAGCUGUGCAAUCUCAACCUGUCAGAAUACCCAGCAUGUGCCAGGAGCAACAUGGCGGCCCUUCAAAGCUACCCGGGCUUAGGGGACGGCUCAUACGGCAGGUUACAAACUGGAAGCACUUCCGCCAGUCAGUCCUUUGAAAAUGCCAUGCCUCAGAGGACUCCAUCUUUAAUUUCUGGAAUGCAGGCCUCUCCUGGUGCUUUGCCUGGCAACAGCAAGAUGGACACCUACAGUGGCCAGCUGGGUUCCUUCCCCACCUCUCAGCUCCAGUAUGUCAUGCAGACAGGAGGUCCUGCCUCCAGCUCCUCCUCUUCCCACAUGUUCAGCGGAAGCCACAUGCAACAGGGAUCUUACAAUGCAUUCUCCCUGCACAAUCCAUACAACCUCUAUGGAUAUAAUUUCCCAGGUACUCCAAGACUGGCCACCAGUCCAGAGAAACUGACAGCAUCACAGAACAGUAUACUCUGCUCGCCUUCCCCUAAUGGUCCCUUUGGAGACAGGCAAUACCUAUCAACAGGGAUGGAUGGGAUGCACAUGAUCAGCAACCCGCCUUCUUCCCAGCAGAGCGCAAAUACCUGCGACAGCCGUCAGUAUGGAACUGUACCAGGCCCCUCCUCACAAAUGUCAGUGCACAUGGUGUAAACAAGAUCAUCUUUAGGGAUUUUUUUUUUUCUUGUACUCAAAUGAAGGAAACAUGGUUGUUAUACGUGAUGAAGCAACACAAAGGGGUGAAAAGGAACUUCUUUCCUCUACUUUGUCUGAAACCCUCGAAGAGAUUAGCAUUUAAAUUAACAAAAAUGAAAAUAAAUAUAAGAAUUAAGUGGAAAGUGUAUCUAUAGUAAUUUUGUGAUGGACUGCAGCGGCCUCCACCCAGAACUGGAAAGACAAGAUCAAAUCACACACUUUCUUGUGGGGGGGGGGGGGGGGGGGGGGGGGGGGGUCAACAACACAUGUGCAAUACAAUAGACCUGCUUCUGUUGCUGUAAUAAAAGUCCAUGCCUGAGCCAUUAUCAAGUGGACAAUACUUUAUGACACAAUGUUAAACUUGGGAACUAAGUAUAUGAAUAUAUCACCCUGCAUGGAUCAUUAUAAAUGAAACCCUCACCAACUAAAAAAGAGUGGACUAACUGUCUUUGGUUGAGACAGCAAACAGUGAAUUCUAGGAUCCUGAAGUUGAAAAGUGUGGUUUACAGCCAUUUUUGGAAAUAAAUGUUUCUUGUUUGAAUACCUAAGCGAAUAUAAUUAUACUAUAAGUGGAACGUAUAUUAACUAUUUCAGCUUCUGAAAUUAAAACUGGGCGAGAGGGAAUGGAAAUAUGUAGUAGCAUUACACAGGGAAUGUCCUGAGAAACCAGAUAAGGUGGACAGAGGAGCAUGUAAUUAAGAUAAAUUGUAUAAUUGAUUCUCAAAAUAGGCUAUUCCAUUCCCUACUACUCAGCAAUAUUUAAAACUCUUGCUUCACCAGAUGGAUUGUGGGAUUGUCUGAAAUACAUCCUGGUAAAAGCAAAGGCUUUAAGUUGUGUGCAAAAAGUAAUACGAGACAGAAUUAUAAAAGUUUUGAUGUGCUGUAGAUAAAUGUAUUUAUGUGCCUAGCAUUAAUGCAAGUAUAUAGGUUCAAAAAGACUAGUAAGAUGUAUGUAAAAUGUAAAAAAAAAAAACAAAAAAAACAGAUGUAUAAAAAAAAGCUAAUGCAAGAAACUGUACAUAGAAGGGCAAAGCACAAAAGCAAUGCUCAAUAAACAUUUUAAGUCGUUCGCAUGGAUCUGAAGGAUAGUUCUGAUUGAUUUGAAUGAGUUAUUAACAAUGUAUAAAAUACAACUUGUUUUUUUGGCAAGACUGAUGGCUUUCUAGUUCAAAAGUAUCUGGGGAGCCGACCUGCAACUGCAGACCAAAGAAGAGAUGCAGGGAUCAAGAUUGAACUGAUGAUCUCAACAAAGAUAAUCAGCAACCAAAAUAGAACAACACUCGAGUAUAAGUAAUAUGGACAAUAUUUUUUGUGAUCAACAAGGUCAAAUUAUUUAUUCUCUGGUCUAAGUGGUAUUUAAUUUAUGCCAUUAUUUUUGUCAUUGUACAGUAUAUAAUAAAUACAUAUAUUUAGAGUGAUUGGUAUUAGGAACUUCCACUCUGAUUGGCUAGCAACAUUCUUCAAGGGGUAGAUUAAUCUCAGAUAGACCAAGGUUUGUAAAAAUGUGAGGAAUUAUGCAAGCCCAAGCAUUUUUUUUUUUUUUUUUUUUUUGUGGUGCCCAAUAACUCACAUUAAAACCACAAACAAGUACCAAAAUGCAAAACAAAUCUAAAAUUGUGCUAAGGUUCAAUUUUAGAUUCAUUAUGAAGUUCCUAACCACACUUUAAUUAAACAAAAAUUCUAAAUAGAAUCCCAGAAUGCAAUUUGCAGCUAUUGUAUUGAAUCUUUAUUGAAAUCCUUCACUGAUAACCAUCGAUUCUUGUUUUUUUUAUUUUUUUGUUUGUUUUUUUCUGAAUUACUUACAAAUAAAAUAAUAUUGAAAUUAACAUCUGUCCAAACAGGACAAAUUGCCAAAGCAAGAGUGGGCUUUUCUGCCAUCUCGGGGUGGGAGCAUCAUUUUUGAAACACUUUGUUUAAAGAGCCAGUGUCACAUCUAUAAAAGUUAUAACAAUACUUGGAACAUGUUGGGCUUUGCUAUGCUUUUUCCUGUCUUCCUGGAUCACUUUCAGUACACAAUUGUUAACUGCUUUACGCAACUCCGAUCAAUCCCAAAUCGUGGUGCAACGUUUACAUUUUGUCAGAAGUCCUGGAAGUAGCAUGUUCAUUCUUUCCGGUCAGGUAACAGCUUGGUGCUCCCUGAUAAAAGUUAAUGGAUGCACCUAUUAAUUAUUUCACUCAAAAGUUUCCCCAAGCUAACUUCUACAGACAGCAGCUGCUCAGUGUGCUAGGUAGCAGUCUGCCUGGCGUCACGUGCAGUAGUGUAUGUUAUGUAUGUGUUUCCCGAUGACACCAGUUGUAAUACAAAGACUAGACAUUAUCUUUUAUAUUUUAUUUAGCCUAUAUUUGUCAUUUUAUUCUCAACUGUGGUCAGGACUGUGGCUCUUUAAAACACACCUCUUAAUAAAU